ACAGGCUGCGCCUGCGCAAGUCAUUGGCGCCAAGAUGGCGAUGGAGAUGAGGCUUCCUGUUGCUCGCAAGCCUCUUAGCGAAAGCCUGAGCCGCGAGACUAAGAAACACCUGGUGGUGCCGGGGGACACGAUCACCACGGACACGGGCUUCAUGCGGGGCCAUGGAACUUACAUGGGGGAAGAGAAGCUCAUUGCAUCUGUGGCUGGCUCUGUGGAGAGAGUAAACAAAUUGAUCUGUGUGAAAGCUUUGAAAACCAGAUAUAAUGGUGAAGUAGGAGACAUUGUAGUGGGGAGGAUCACCGAGGUUCAGCAGAAGAGGUGGAAGGUGGAGACCAACUCUCGGCUGGAUUCAGUCUUGCUUCUGUCAUCCAUGAACCUUCCUGGAGGAGAGCUGAGGAGGAGGUCUGCAGAAGAUGAACUGGCAAUGAGAGGCUUCUUGCAGGAGGGGGACCUUAUCAGCGCUGAGGUCCAGGCAGUGUUCUCUGACGGAGCUGUCUCUCUGCACACGAGGAGUCUGAAAUACGGAAAACUAGGUCAGGGUGUUCUGGUCCGGGUUUCCCCCUCCCUGGUGAAACGGCAGAAGACUCACUUCCAUGACUUGCCAUGCGGUGCCUCGGUGAUUCUGGGUAACAACGGCUUCGUCUGGAUCUACCCAACACGUGAACACAAAGAAGAGGAUGCAGGGGGCUUCACUGCAAACCUGGAGCCUGUCUCCCUCGCCGAUCGAGAGGUGAUCUCCCGGCUUCGGAACUGCAUCGUCUCCCUGGUAACUCAGAGGAUGAUGCUGUAUGAUACCAGUAUCCUGUACUGCUAUGAGGCAUCCCUUCCACAUCAGAUCAAAGACAUCUUAAAGCCAGAAAUAAUGGAGGAGAUAGUGAUGGAAACUCGCCAGAGGCUUUUAGAACAGGAGGGAUAAGAAGCACCUGAAGGCCAGGACUGUGUGCACCUGACUGGAGCAGGUCUUGAAAGUAAAGAAUAUGAUUUGUGGUCCCCAUGUGCAGCUCUGUGGAGAGCUGGGAAGCUCAUCACUUGACCUGCAUUAGGCUGUCUCCACCCCAAAGACCUGCUUUCUCCUGUUCUAAGGCAAACCUGGGGGAAGGUGAACAGUGCUGCUGGCCCCUUGGGUUGCCUGCAGAGUGCCAGCACUGGGGGUAGUUUCUGGCCUCUAAAAGCAUGUAGUGUUCCAGCUGAGUGGACUCCCAUUCUGAAAUAAUCUUUUGUUUUCUAUUCACUGUCAGUUCACAGGGAACAAUGCCCCAUGAAAUUGCCCCUAUAAAAAACCAUGGCCUCCCUGACCCCCGAAUUCUGUUUGGCCUCCAUUCCCACCUCCUCUGUAGCACAAGUACGUGGUUGAAAAAUGUAGUUGGUAAAGUUAACUGGCAAAGCAGUUAAAUGGAAGAAUAAAGUUAACCAAGCAGCCUUUUGCUUGGUUGAAAUCUCAUCUCCCACUGCAUGCUCCUUCCAGUGACAGACGUGCGUUAUCUCCAACCCAUCUGCUCUAGUCUGUCCUGCCUUUGAGGAUGAUUCAUAAAAGUUGAAUUAUCAAUAAUAGAAUGAGUGUCUUAGGUGCUCUGAUAAACAUGAAGACCAAGUAAGAAAAAUGGAGGUGGGAAUAUAAAAGCUGUUUUCCUCCUGUUUUUGAAGUAGUAAUAUAUUAACCUUAGAUAAUUCAAGGUUGAAAGUUAAAAACAAGAUGUAGGAAUGCUACACUUCCUGUCCAUUGUGGUUUUUCUGAUGACUGCCUAAAAAUGGUGCCCUGAUUGAGGUUUUGGGAAACAUUUCUUUAUAAAGGCACUCUAUAAAGUGCUAUUUUAUUUUACAUAUGUGGUGAACUCUUUUUUUACAUUUAUAAAUGUGGCUUUAACAUCAGUGUUUCUGUUCUUGUGUUCUGUGUAAUGCUUGGAAGCUGAGUACACUUGAAGAAGGGCUUAGCAGAUACAAAUUCUGACAGAAGCCCCGACUACUCUGUGUUGGCUCACCUAGUAAAAUGUAAAGUUAGGAGUUUCAGUGGUAGUAACUUUGAACCCUGCAUUUGACUGUUUUAAAAUACAGCUCAGUUCUUUUCAUUAAAUGGUAUGUUGUCUUUAUAACAUUACUCAGGAGGCAGUUUUUAAUCUCAUUUUUGUUUCUGUCCCAUGUGUAUCACCUGUUUAAGGAGUUUUGCAGACAACUUGAAUACUCUAGAGGCUAUGCUGCAAUGUUAGAUUUACUUGUCAUAUUUUUGAGAACCCAUUUGUUCUGGGCUGUAUGCCUCAAGAGAUGGGAUGUGAAAGGUAGAAGCCUGAGUCCUGGGUUUAAUUUAGUUUUGACCGGGACAGAGCUUGAAGUUUCUCCUCACGUGGUCUCCCAAGCUACCAGCCUAUACUGUUCAUUCACUAUAUCCUGAAUGGUAAUUACCUACAAAGUGGAAAUAAUAAAUAAAGGUCUGAAAGCAC